CGCUUCUUUUGAUGUACGUUUCUUUUUUCAAACAUGCCCAAACUCGUUUCUUAGCUUUCACACUCUCUUGCUUGUCCAUGGCCAUGGAGAGGGUGGGCCUUUUUCGUUCCCCGGUGUCCGGCGAUGCUCCGGUCAAGUUCUCGGAACAUGUGGUUACUGUUAAGAAGUACGCGGAAGAAACGGGUCGGGGUCGUGGGUCGCCGGCGAAGAUCCGCCCGAGAGUCGUCCGGAUUGUCGUCGCCGACGGUGACGCCACGGAUUCCUCCGAUGACGAUGUGGGUGGAGGAGGCUUCCGGAGGGUGAAGAGGUAUGUGAAUGAAAUCAGCCUGGUGGAUCCGGGUAAGGUGGCCGGAGAAGAGCUGUCUCGGGUUCGGGCUGGGAGAAAGAGAGGCUUGAGGAGAGGGGUGUCGCCGGGAAGUGACGUCAGCAGCCGGAAGAGGUACAGGGGCGUGCGUCAGCGGCCGUGGGGGCGUUGGGUCGCGGAGAUACGUGACCCGAAUCGGCGGAAACGGGUCUGGCUCGGGUCGUACAACUCGCCGGAGGAAGCCGCCGCCGCGUACGACAGGGCGGCUGUGUUGCUGAAGGGCGCUGCCGCCGUUACGAACUUUCCUAUCCCCGUCCAGGUUUCCCCGGACAGCGACGCCACAUCUAACGGCGUCAACGACGUUUCCUCGACGCCGUUUUCCAUCCCAGCGAGUGGGGGGGACGUCAGCGUUAACGACGUUAGCAAAAAGGACGACGCCGUUUCCCCCAAAUCCGUCCUCCGCUUCGAGGGCUUCCCGACGUUCGACAGUUUCCCCAUCGGAGACUUCCAUCCCGGCGAAUUCGGGUUCGACUUUUCAUUCGGGUCCCCGGGUUUCGGGUUACCGGAGAAGCGCAUAUCCGAGGAAUUCGGCGAGUUUGACUUUGAAGAUUUCACCCAGGACCCGUUAUUCUGAGGAGAAGAAGAGGGCAUAUCCGUAAUUGCAACGCGAAUUCGCGGGAAAAAUGUCCCCGACGCGAUCAAAUGGGCGGGAAGUACGCAGAUGACGGCGCGUGUAAAGUUGAGUAGUAGUAAUUGCGUACAGUAAGUAGCCGGA